UGUAAGCUGAUUUUUUGAACCAAUUCACCGGAUCAAAAUCAAGCUCAGACUGUUUUUGCGGUAAAAAAAAAGAAAUCAGAGUUAAUGGUCCAUUUCGCACCAAGUAAAUUGGUUCACAAAUGGGCGCCAUUUUCCAUUUGGCAGUAUAAUAAAUUACUUUUCAUGACGUAAAUUCGGAGUUUAUUUAUAGAGACCCCAAUUGAGUUAUUUUAGUGAAGUGAUCUCUUUUGGUUGAUUAAUCGAAUCGGGUCAUUUUCACGUAAUUCUGGUGUCAUAUGUCCACUUAAUUCCAAAAUAAUCUCCAUACCUUUAUCACGCUGUGAUACUUUUAAAUUUGGCGGUCGCAUCAAAUUUGUGUAUGACAUCAGCCUAACUGAUUGGUGAUGUUAUAUUUCCAUUCUAUCAACCUUUUUAAACUUUUUCAAAGUGUCUUAUUUUGGACUACUCGAACAUUUGGAUGAUGGCCGUACAAACUUCAAAACAAUUACCCAUUAAAUUAAAUGUUCCUUGUGGUUCUGGCUGAAGGCUCAAGAAUGGACAAUAAAGAUGUCCAAAAUGGUGCUCACUUACAGACCACGUCCCCUGAGAGUGAACCCGGCCCAUUUUUUUACCCACCCUCUCCGACCAGAAGAAGCGACCCCCUCCGGCCCCCAAAGACCAGACUUCUCAAUUCAAAUGCCGACUCCGCCAUUGUUGUGAAUAAUUUCCAAUUAAAGACUAACUGUGGACCAGAAUCCCUAACCAGUUCAGCUUCAUUAAAAGACCACAGCCAAAAAGACAAGCCUCCCUCUUCAGCAUCCUCUUCAUUUCGCAUUCCUACUCCGCCAAACGACUCCUCUAAACUCCUAUCAGCGGCACAAAAUUUGUUCGACCUUGACGACCAGGAUAUCCAAUCCAGAGUCGAGAGUGGCUUGAGUGAAUCUAAUUUGAGCGAAAACGGAGGAGGCAGUUUAGACAGUCGAACGUCAGACGAGAAAUUGCCGUCCGCGAAAAACGAGGAGAAACUACGCGAGUUCUGCUGCUUCGGAAAUCUGAAAGGUGUGAAGGAGCUUGUGAAGAGUGGUUGUGUGGACGUGAACUGUGUCAACUCAGUCAACGGCUGGACCCCCCUCCACUGGGCCGCCAAGAGGGGCGACUCUGCCAUCGUCACUCUCCUACUCAACAAAGGGGGAGCAAACCCAAACAUUCUCAGCGCAGAAGGGGAGCUUCCUAUUGAUCUCGCGUCUUCAGUGAAAGUUGAACAAAUUCUUCUCAAAUCAACAAACGCACAGAGACCAGGUAGAAUUAAACGACCACCUACCCCGCUAAUUAUUCCACCCGACCAGAAUUCUACCCAAAAACAAUUCACGGCAACUAGUAGCACCCUGAAUACAGAAAUCAACAAGAAAGCGGAACCAAUUGAUUUCUCGUACCCUUACCAGCCAGUAGUGGAAAAAGACCCUGUCAACCCUCACCCUUCCCAAAACUACACUCCUACUCUUUGGCAGUCAUCAAAGAAUAGUUCUACCGGAAAUUUGCCCAUAUUUGGAAGGCGCCGAGGAAGUUCAGGAUCUAAUCACGUCGACACGCCGUUGGAGAACGAUUCGGAUUCGCAACGGAGUCUAAGGUUUGGACAAGUUGUCACAUCUUCACCGGGACUUGUAGCAGGAGGGCAAAUGGUGUACGGAAACGGAUUUGUGUCCGCCGGCAACACGCCGAAGAUCGGAGAAACAAAAAGACACCAGCUGAUGAACGGAGGUGGAGCAGGAAGCCGCGGUAAACACCACAACAUUAACAACAACAUUAACAACAACAAUAGCAGCAUAAAUAGCAAUCAAUAUCAACAACAUCAACACCUUCCGAAUGCUCACCAGUCCUUUACCCUUGAUCUUCAACACCACCCCCCUCCACAACAGUCAUACGACAUGACCUCCCCAAACAGCAACUCCCAAAACUGGGCUUCAUCCAACCCAAAUGGAUCCCACUCUUCCCAGAACAAUUCACACCUCGGAUCCCCACAAGGAGAAGUGUCGAGGAGUUACAGAAUCGUGAAGGUGCGAAUUGCAGGCAAGGAUCCGGACUUCGUCGAAAUUGACCUGCCACUGACUAAAUUGACGCUAAGAGGCUUAAUUGAGGUUGCAUGUUUGGAGUUAUUCGAAACGUUUCCCGUACAUGUUGAGCGUGUUCGAAAGCUACCCAACACACGGCUGAGACGAGACGUCGAAGUGGAAAGACUCGGCAACUACUCGGAAAUCGAACUGGUUCUCGCAUCGCCCACCACUCUCAGCCAGAUGCACGCGGGACACCAGCACCAGACAAGUCACGUGAACAACAAUGGAAAUCACGUGAAUAGCAACGGGAAUCACGUGACCAACAAUGGAAAUCUGAAUGCUAAUCAUGGCCAUAUAAGCACGCAUAACAGUAAUUCCCACCUAAAUCACCAUCACGUACAUCAACACCAAGUACCUCCCCCCAUUUUGAAAGACACGAGCACCCCCACCUCACCCAACGGAGGGCAAUCAGUUGGAGGAAAAGUGGCAAGCAGCUCUUCCGAAACUUCUGCUUCCGAGUUCCAAUGUUGAUAGCUUGCAUUAGUUUUAAUUUAAAAUACCUAAUUAAAAUUCCGAACACAUGGGCCAGAUCCGUAAAACUACCAGCAAAGAAAACUCCCUAUGCCAUAUUAAAAACUAGCGGAGAUAUUGCUUGGUAGGUUUCCAGUUAAAUUGAAGCCGUAUAUCUAAAUAUUUUAUUUAUUGUGCAAUCUCUUACCAAAAUUUUUUAGUUUUCGCUAUUAAAAAUAUUAUAUCAAUUAUUUAUAACCAUGUAAAUUUGUAGU